CCCUGCAUUUCAGCCCGAGCCCGACGGGCCCCGACUUAUUUACGCCCCUAGGGCCGGGCUUCGGGCCAAUUUUCACAUCAUAGUUCACAUGCGGGCCGGGCCUCGGGCCUUUUUUGGGUUAUCCUUCAUUUUAUAUUCUUAGACUUUAAUAAAGAAAAAAAAAAAAAAAGAGAGAAGCUGACGUCGACGAUAGAAAAACAAACAUAGAAAGACAUUUCAUAACCUCAUAACUUUCAUAAUCGGAUAAUUACAUUGACAUAUGACUGAUAUGACAGUCUCACGCACGCACGCACACAGAAGGUUUUCAGUCAACGCGACCCACGAUUCACCUCAUGUGCAAAUAAUGGAGAAUAUUAAGAGAAAAAUCGCAGAUGGCCAACUUAAAACGGUAAAAAACACCAGAGGAAAGGCAAACUUCUGGGCAGUUUUUCAAAUCGUGACAACCUUAAAUGAUUAGCCAACUGGUUAUGCACAAUGUACAAUUUGCAAGGCUGUGCUAAGCUACGAUAGUAAGAAGACGGGAUCAUCUCAUUUACAAAGACAUUUUGAGCAUGGUGGAUGUAUUGGUAGCAGACCAACCAGCAGCAAACAAAUGAGUGUGAGUGAUUUCCUUGCCAAACCAACUCCUUCUAGGGUGAAAUCACUGAUCACAGAUAAAUGCGUGAAUUUCUGUUGUAUGGACAUUCGGUCAUUUGAAACGGUAGCAGGGAACGGUUUCAUCCAGUUAGCGCAAGAGCUAAUAAAUGUAGGGGCAGCCCAUGGACGUCUGUCAGCAACAAGUUUACUCCCUGACUCCACCACAAUCUCUCGAAAGUGCAAAGAACUGGCGACUGCUAAGAGAGGGGACGUGGUUGAAGAAAUCAAGGGGGUCAUGUCGUUGAUAAAUGUGGGCAUGACAACUGACAUGUGGACGGAUGAUCACCGUAAAAUAAGCUACAUGUCAAUCACAUGUCAUUAUGUCAAACCACAGUAUGACAUGAAGAGCAGGGUACUCACCACAACAAGCUUCCCAAACGAGGCCAAAACAGCAGACAAUAUUCGAAAAGAGUUGCAGCAGCAAUUAGUCUCAGUCCUUGGAUUUGAUGCCUCGGUGAUGAAUUGUGUUGUCUGGGUAACCGAUCAGGGCGCUAAUUAUGUUGCAGCUCUUCGCCCAUACCGGCGCCUGGAUUGUCAAGACCACCUGUACAACACUUUCCUCCGGCAUGCCUUGAACCCAGAUGAGCUUUCAGAAACAGUCCCAGAAGUAGCAGAGACCCUGCAGGCCGCCAAGGCUUUAGUCCGAUAUUUAAAGCAGUCAGGUCUGACAAGCCGGUUGUCAAAAACUGUCAAACAGAUGGCAGAAACCAGAUUUAGCACCGUAUUUCUCACCCUGGAGUCAAUUGAGUCAGUCUACGCAGAGUUACAGGAGAUACUUCAGAGCCGUGGUGAGAGCCAGCGACUACACGAUGUCCCCUGAUGUGCUGGCUUUCCUGGUGCAAUUUCUGCGCCCGUUCUACGACGCACAAAGGGAGUUGGAGGGGGAUAAAUACCCAACACUGAACCUCGUCGUGCCCUGGCUUCACAAGCUGAAACUCCAUUGCCAGCCAGAUGUGUCGGACACUCCUUCCCAAGCAAUUAUCCGCCAACGACACCUUGAGUGGAUAAUGAAGAAAGUCCACAUCCAGCCACUUCACAAACUGGCCAUAUUCUUAUGGCCAAAGUUCAGUCAGUUAAGGAUGUUUACCAACGCCGAGAGGGAUGACAUCUUUCAGCUGGCCAAACGUCAGAUAGCCCGCUUCAGAGAGCAGGGGACGGCAGUGCAAGGAGCGGAUCAAGCAGCCGCGGCGAGCAUUUCUGUGUCUGCACCUGUUGCUGCGGGCCACGCAGCAAAGAAGAGAGCGCUGGCCGAGUUUGAGGAAGAGUGGGAAAAUAUUGUGGAGCAGGACGACGAUGACGACGAAGUACAGCAAUACAUGUGCCUCAAUCCCAACUUGGAAGGUGAUGGACUAGAUGUGCUGCUCUGGUGGAAACAGCACGAGACCCUGCUACCGCAACUGUCAAGACUGGCUCGCUCUGUGUUUAGUGUCCCGCCAGCAGCAGCAGCAGCGAACGUGUCAUCAGCGCAGCGGGAAGAGUGAUAGAAGAGAGGAGGACUGGGUUAAAACCUUCCACUGUGGAUGCUAUUCUUUUUCUCCACGAUGCUCUGUAAGAGACUGUUCUAACUUUUCGUUUGAUUGGACUUUAUUUUCGUUUAACUGUUGGAAACUAAUGGAAAAAAGAAUGGCCAUGUUCUGUGGUGCAUUUUUGAGGUAAGAUAACCUGCAAGUUUGUUUUUAAUUUAUUUAAUUUAAUUUGUUUAGAUUGUAGGCUAUUGCUCAUUUCGUUUGCGAGCGCUGUUGCGAGCAGCCUGAGGCCCUGAGCCUGCCUCAGUAUUUCAAAAAAUGUUGUUUUACUCACUGUGGUUCAAUAAAUAAACGUUUAUUAAACUAACUUUCUGUGUGAUAUGCUUGAAGUGUUUUAUAUCUAUGGCUUUUAUUGUAGCCAAGUAAAGUAUUAGCGUUGAUUUGAGAGGCUAAAUUGAUCAAACAUGGUUUACUCGCUGUCGACUCGGCUGCUUAAUCGUCAUUUAAAAAAAAAAAUGCUCCAAACGUUUGUCUAAAUUAACUUAAUAAAGAAAUGAAAAGAAACAUAACUAACAAAACUGACCUAUUGUAAUGGCUGCAAAUAGGGCAGGCUGCCGCUGUGUAAUGAGAAAAAAAAAAAAAAAAACCGGGCUCGUAUCGGACUCGGGCUGAUAAUUCUGAUGAGCUGUCGGACACGGGUCGGGCUAGGGCCUGAGCGUCUCGGGCCAGGGCCGGGCUCGGGCCUAGAUUUGAGGACCGUGCAGGG